CUAGGGGACCGGGUGCAAAGCUUGAGUAGACCUGUAGCAUCUACACUUGCCAACAAAGAGCGCAUGAUGGUAAAGGACUAAGUUAAGGACGUGGUUUGCACCUUCUCUUAUGGAGGUGGGGAACUUAAUCAUCAGAUUUCGUUCGUAGUCAGCAACGAUAUGCCAUUUGACAUGUUGUUAGGUAUGUACUACCUCGAGGUUGCCAAGCCCCAGUUUGAAUGGGACCGGAAAGUUCUCAAGCAUGUGUUGCCUGAUGGGAGGACCGUUAGACUAAGGAUAGCAGGAGUCGUAGACAACGAGGUUGUCCAUGCCAUAAAGGAACUCCCAAGUAGUAAAACACCAAAGGGGAGGAUCUAUAGGAUGGCUCCAACCGAGUUGGACGGGCUUCGUCGGCAACUGAAAGAGCUCACAGAAAAGGGUUGGAUUCAGCCUAGUACAUCCCCCUUCGGCUCACCAGUGCUAUUCGUUUUGAAGAAGGGGGGAUCAUUAAGGAUGUGCAUUGAUUAUAAAGGCCUCAAUGCCAUCACCGUUAAGAACGCAGAGCCUCUACCUCGCAUUGACAACCUAUUGGAUAGGGUGCAGGGAUGUAAGUACUUUACAAAGAUAGACUUAAAGUUCGACUACCAUCAGAUUGCCAUUAGACCAGAGGACCAGCACAAAACCGCAUUUGAGACCAGGUACGGUCUUUACAAGUUUGUGGUGAUGCCCUUUGGCCUUUGCAAUGCGCCGAGAGCAUUCCCACAUGCCAUUAACAGGGUGUUUCAUGAUUACUUGGACAAGUUUGUCGUCGUGUACCUCAACGAUAUUCUUAUCUUCAGUAGAACAGUCGAGGAGCACGACCAGCAUGUAGAAACUGCACUUUCACUCUUGCAACAACACAAGUAUAAGAUUAACUUAGAAAAAUGGGAAUUCGGUCGCAUUAAAAUUUUGUACUUGGGUUAUGAGAUAUCCAUGGAAGAGGCAAGGCCCGAAGAUGCAAAGGUGGCUAGCAUUCGUGAUUGUCCACGACCUCGGUUUGUGAUCGAGGUCAAAUCUUUCUUCGGGGUGACCGACUACUAUCGCAACUUUGUAAAGAACUAUAGCACGGUGGCCGCCCCUUCGACUCAUCUAGCACGCCUUGACACACCAUGGGAAUGGACAAACAAAUGUGAGGCAGCCUUCAAAGGGUUGAAUUAUGCUAUCACGCAUCAUGCAAUUCUCAUGGUCCCCGAUUCGGAGAGGCCAUUCGUCGUGGCCAUUGACGCAAGCCAAUACGACACAGGCACAGUGUUGGCUCGACAGGAAGGGAAGAAGUUAAGGCCGAUCGAGUAUAUGAGUAAGAAGAUGCCAUUAAAGAAAUUGACGAAGUCCACUGAUGAGAGGGAACUCGAUGCCCUUUACAAAGCCUUUGUCCACUGGAGGCAUUAUCUGCUUGGCAGGUUCUUCUCUUUGAGAACCAACCAUCAGACACUCAAGUGGAUCAAGACACAACUUGUUCUCUCUGAUGCACUCAAACGCUGGAUUGAAGUCAUAGAUCAAUAUGACUUCAAGUUGGACUAUGUGAAGGGAGAGUGCAACAAGGUUGCUGAUGCAUUGUCACGUAGGGCAAACUACCUAGGUGCGCUAAUUACUGAGUUUGGCCUAUCUGACGAAGUAACUCCAUCGAUGGUGGAUGCCUACAAGGAAGAUCCCGUCAUGAUGGACACAUACGCAAACUAGAGGCUCAAGAUAAGGUCACAUCAAAUGAGUUUGUGACAGUGGAUGGGUUACUCUUUCUUGAAAAGGCGGGGUUGAAGAGGUUAUGUGUUCUGUCUAGUGAGAUUUUGUGUAGUUUAUUUUUAGGCGAAUGUUAUGAUGCGA